CGUCACUGCUGUCAUGUGAUGUUUUCUCUUCGCUCACUCGACUUUGUUCGGAGGUAGGAAAAUCGAUUGAAACCAGCGGCUGGCCCGAAAAGUGUUCUGCAAGUGCGAAAUUCUUCCCGAAACCACCACCAGAACGACACGAUCAUGGGUGCUUCCGCGCUGCCAAUCAUCAUUUUCUCGGCCAUAUUCGGCGUUAUCGGAAUUGUGCUGCCAAUCGUAGCACCCAAGGGUCCCAACCGCGGGAUUGUCCAGUGUGUGCUUAUUCUGACGGCGGCCACCUGCUGGUUAUUCUGGCUGUGUUGUUACAUGGCCCAGAUGAACCCCCUGAUCGGACCGAAACUGCACCAAAACACGAUUCUGAUUAUGGCUCGCGAGUGGGGCAACCCAUUGCCCGAUAUGGAUAGCUACCAUCCGGAGCACUAAACCGAUCGGCGGCAGAUCACGUGUACGGGGCCAGAACAUUCCUCCCUUCGCCCCACCCAUAAUGUAGUCAUCGAGUUCCCGAGGGCCAUCAGCGCCACCACUGAACCAGGGGUGCGUGUUUUUCUGGAUGUCCGUGCGUGCGUGUUUAUGUACAAGAUGGUUUUCCCUAGGUCAUGUGCUCUCAUGCUGGACAUGAUGUAGGGUUUGAAGUAUUUUGCAACCCCCCCUUCACCACAAAACCUUCAAUUCCAAAUUCCAACCAAACAACAACACUGUCCCGUGCAGUAGGUGGGUUCAAUGUGUAUCCUGGAUGCUUAUCGUUUCAUUUUCUGCUGUUGUUAUUCGUUUAUCCUAGAUGAGAUGUAUUAUACAGAAUAAAGUAGCCCAACAUACCGACCGGUGGAA